AUGAUACCUAUCAACAACGCCUUUACAGAGGAACCGUUCGAGAACCAAUUUAAAAUGAACUAUUCGAAAACAAAACACGGUAGGAGAUUUGAAAAUUUUCAAAGUUCGAACGCAAAUGCACCACGAGGCGCGUCCGACUCCCGCCACCCGUUCGUACAUAAUAUGAAGGACUCGCGCGUCCAAACGCGGCUCGCUACACACCGGGGGCAGUGGCGAAAGUUCCAAAUAACCACCUAUAUAAGCACACAACACCAAACCAAGUCAUCCAGUCCGAAUCCCGACAUCAAACACACAAGAGGCAUUAUGAAAAAGACGAUCUGCUUAGUUUUCCUGCUGGUAGCAGCGGCCGCUGCCAGCGAGAAGAAGACGACAGACAAGAAGGCCGAGCCGCUGGAGAAGAAACUGGACAAACGCGGACUCCUGAACCUCGGCUACGGAUACGGCAUCAGCGGACUAGACGUCGGGUACAUCGGCAACGCGCACGGUCCCGGCGGCGCCUACAACUUCAUCGAAGAGGGCGCCAUCGAGAACACCGGCUACGGAAUACCCCUGGGCCACCACACUGAUGUCACCAGAACCGUCACCCUGGUCAAAGGCGUGCCAGUCGCCUACCCAGUGGACAGACCCGUGCCCUACCCCGUCGAGAAACACGUGCCCUACCCCGUCAAGGUCCCCGUGCCGCAGCCCUACGAGGUCGUCAAACACGUGCCAUAUCACGUGAAGGAGUACGUCAAGGUCCCCGUCCACGUCCCCGCCCCGUACCCCGUUGAAAAGAAGGUCCCUUACCCCGUCCAUGUGCCCGUAGAUAGGCCCUACCCCGUCAAGGUGUUCGUGCCCCAGCCUUACCCUGUUGAGAAACACGUGCCUUACCCCGUAAAGGUGCCAGUUCCGCAACCCUACCCCGUGGAGAAACAUGUGCCAUACCCCGUAGAAGUUAAAGUGCCUGUUCCCCAGCCCUACCCCGUAUACAAGCAUAUCGGAGUGCCCGUCAAAGUGCCAGUCGACAGGCCUUACCCUGUGCACGUGCCUGCCCCUUACCCUGUCGAGAAACCUGUGCCAGUAGCGGUGCCCGUUGAGAAGCCAGUGCCUUACCCAGUGCACGUGCCAGUCGACAGGCCUUACCCAGUCCACGUUGAGAAGCCUGUGCCAGUGCCCGUCAAGGUCCCAGUGCCAGAGCCUUACCCAGUCUACAAGCACGUCCCAGUGACCGUAGAAAAGCCAGUCGCUUACCCCGUUAAGGUGCCAGUCGACAGGCCUUACCCCGUGCACGUUGAGAAGCACAUCCCAGUGCCAGUAGAGAAGCCUUACCCCGUCCCAGUCAAGGUACCAGUGUACGUCAACGAGCACAGUUAUAACGAGCACGGUUAUAACGAUUACAGCCAACUCAGUUUCGGAGGCUCAGCCUACCACCACUAGAUUAGUUAACUAAGUCAUUUAGAAUUUCAUCCGCCAAGCGAACAUCCGAGCGCUAUUUAUAAAAAUAUAAAAUCUCGCCAUCCCAGCGGCCGGGACACAACAGCAACGAACGGAUAUAACUCAUAAUUUUUGUACUAUAUACAUUUUUUUUCUAUUUAUGUAAAAAAUGGUCAUGUAUGUAUGAGCGUACGUGUACUUAGUGAUAUGAAAAGAGUUACCAUUACCUUUAGGAUGUAAGUCGAUUGUAAAGUAUGAGAGAGAAGAAAAAUAAAAAAAUAAUACGAAAG